AUCUGUUUGUCCUCGUGGCCUGAUGAUGGGAAGAGCUUUCUCCUGGAAGUUGCAGGCGAAUCCCUCUCUAUUGCAGCUUCGAGUGCAUCUUAGUCUCUUGGGAGGUGGAAUGGACCCUUGAAUCUUGAGUGCUUGAUUGAAGGAUGGUUUCGAUUGCUGGCUUUCUCACAAGUAAUUGUCUCACUGUAGUCUUCUUCUUGGUUUCUAUUUCUUGGCUUAUCCAAACGUCAGAGUUGGGAUUUUGGGUUUUGAUUCCUAAAAAAACAAAUAAUAAUUGAAGGCGGAAGGUGGUGGUGUGACCAUGUGGUAAUGGUUGUGGCCUUGUGGUGGGGUGGGUUGGAGAUAGGAAUUAUAACUUCCUGCAGUUGCAGCUUCUGUAUCAAGAGCUUCUGACGGAAACCCAGAAUAAAAGCAGCAAGCUUUGAAAGCAAAAGACCGUUUUUCUGGGUAGGUGGUGAUGUGGAGAAUGAUGGGGGCAUGCACAAAUCCAAGCUGAGGAGAAAAUGAAUUUGCAGCAAGUAUUACUACCCAAGUCAUAUGCUAAUGGAUUUGGUCGUAGAAGAGGAGGUGAUAGAAAUUUCAAGACUAGGCUGGAAAAUAAGUUGCAGUCCAGCAAAUUCAACCCUGGAAGAAUACCAAAUGCAGGUGAGAUGUCUGUAACCUUUUUCUUUGUCAUUUUCUUUACUACUCCCCAUCUGAUAUUUACUUGGUAUUGGUGUACCAGCUGGUGGCAAGGUUGGAUGUCCUUCCCAUGAUUGUUUAGUAUAUAUAUUUGGUGACAUGUCUUAUUUUAGUUUUUACUUUCUCUAGUUUUGCUUUAUGGGCCAUUGAGUUUUUUCCCAAAGUUCUUGUUGUAUACAUAUCAUAUUGGUUUGAAUCAUGUCAUUUUGCUGUUAUGAACUGGAAUCAGUUUGAGAGAAAUGAACUUCUUUUUGAGUAAACGUACCUUCAAUGUUGAACUACCAUAUACAACGAAGCUUCAAAAAGGUCCUCAUAUGAGAGGGUUGGAAAGGGAAGCAAUGAGAAUAGCCAGAGAGAUUGAGGGUGAAUAUACCAAGGACCUGCAUUUAGCAGGGAAAGAGGCCUUCAUCUUCACAAUAACUUUGAUAUUGAUGAAGAGGCCAGACUCUCUUCAGUGUACAGGGUGGAAGGGUUGAUGAUCGUUGAUGUGAAGAAGAUGAGGAGAUAGUGUUGGAUUCACACAAUAUGGAAACUUUUGGAGGUUCAUCUGCUUCUGUUAGUAACAGGCCUACAGAUUUCAGCAGUUUAAAAUGCAGUUAAAGAGUUGUGCCAUCAAGCUCUUCCUUAAUGGAUGAGACACCAUCUUCACAAUCUACAAGUGUUGUGGAUAUAAACCUGUCUGGCUCUAAUGAUCUUGCUAGACAGCCGGCGUCUGAAGUUCCUUUUAGAAGUACCUCUAACAGUGAAAGCAGAAUCCAGGACAAUUUGCUUGAUGAUUUUGGAGGAACUAAUAAUCCUAAAGAUUCUGUAGAAAAUCAAUCAUUAACUGAGGAUCCUAACUUGUCAAUCCCAAUGGGUGAGUUCUCUUCUUUCUUUGAAUGCUAACUAGAUGCUUUCUCCAACAGCCAUUGAAAAUGUAGUAGAGCCUAUUUUCUUGCAAACAUUCAGUAAGAUAAAAUGCAAUACAUGUGCUUAUGGAUGGUGACUGCAGAGCAAUUUCUAAUGCAGGUUCUCAAUCAUUAUUAAUUAACAAGACUAACAGCUGCAAUAGAGUAGAGCCAUCUGCAAACACAACUACUUCUGCUGUGGUGCAUGCUUCAUCAAAGGCUGGUGAAAACUCAGUCUGAAUGAAGUCUCAGAAGACCCUGCAUCUAGCAAAGUGCCCGGGAAAGUGCAGUUGGUAGAUUCUUGUGGACAAGAAGGUUGUUCUACGUCAUCCAAUUCAGAUCAUAUUGGUGGUGCUGCUGUUGUCUCAGCUUCCAGUUGUCCUGGCUUAUCUCCAAGCUCAUCAGGGGGUUCAUUACCCUCUGAAAAGUCAACCCUAAAUCUCCAUGCAAAGGAACUCAAACUCAAUCCUAACGCAAAGAGUUUCACCCCAUCACAAGCAACCGUUUGGCCUCCAUCACCUGUAUCAGAUGGUUCCUUCUAUCAUCCACCCAGUCUGUCUCCUGUAACGCAUAUGCAUGGCAUACCUGUUGGUUUUGGGGUAAGUGUUUCUAUAGGAGUAUACAACUAGAUUGUCGCAAUACCAUUUUUUCCCCCUCAUUUUUUUUAUUGGAUAUAUAAUUCUGUAAGUCAGUGAGCCAUGCUUGUGGAUUGAGCUUUUAUUUAAUU